CAAGGAUUGCUUCCAACUACACAUUGAUUUGUGCUGCUUGUUUGUGUAUAUUUGUGCUACUUGUUUGUGUACGUGUUGUCCAGGGACACCUGGUUGGAUAUUGUUCCAUCCAUUGGACACUCGAACUAGAAAGGGCAUUUGUGCUUAUCAUCGGUCGACCAAUUGUCCCGCUAGACCCGCCUUGAGGUACACUGGAAUCUAGCUCUGUUCAAACAUGAGAGGUUAUGAAGGAGAUGGAGGAAAGUCCAAGCGGCGGCCAAAAAAGCCAAAGACACUGAAGGGACACGCUGUGUCCGAGGAAGCCGAGCGAGCCAGUCAACAAUUCAUCAAAUCUAUGCAGCCCCAGCCAAAUGAACCCAAUUCCUCUCAACAGAUUCAUCAACUCUAUCCAACCCGACACCUUGAAAAUGAAACCCCAGAACAAUACGCCGGAAGAAUCAGCCCAGACCCGAUAGACCCUCAAGUAGAAAAUUUAUCCCAAUACUUCCAAAACCAACAUCACGAACACAGACAAGUCCUGGAAGAAAAACAAUGGGAAGAGGUAUAUGGACCAAUGUUCUCCUGUUUCUACGAUUGUGCAGCCAAGACAGCAACAUGGGGCGAUGUCGAAAAAUGGAGCCGAGAUUGGAAACCGUCUUGUGGCUGUAUCCCAACUCGCCAAAGGCCAGUGGUACUUAUAGAUAUUCUCAGUCGCAAAGAGGCGCAAGUUGAAUUUUGCCACUGCCAGCCAGAUCAAGUACGGCUGAUCCAGAUGGGAUACAUUGGUGCCACACCCAAAUUCCCAAAAACCGCCUUUUCUAUCCGACUGCUCCAGUUACAUCACAUAUUAUGGAAACAUUGUGCCAUUGCAAUGCUACCCUUCUCCAAAGCUAUAGACGAAUUUCUUGAUAACAACAAUCCCCUAAUCUUGGUUCCUCACAAUGAAGAUGAGUUCGAGGAAUCAGUCAGUACUCGUCAUUGGAGAAAGCAGUUAAGUCGAGCUGUUGAUGCAUUUCGGGAAAUGCUUAAAAGAGAAAAGGAAUUGGUGGCUCGGGUGAUGAAUUUGGAACCCUUAGACCAACUUGCUGAUAUUUGCCCCAAGUGUUAUGGACCUCAAGUUGUUGGUAAAAGAGAAGACGAACCAGAUUACAUCUUAUGUAUGGAUGGAAAUUUCCAACAUCGCAGACACCUUAAAGCAAGUGUCGAGCACUCCAACAAUAUUGUAACUCCCAGCCUUUUUGUCCAGCCAUGUGAGGUAUCUGAGAUGGAAGAAUCACUAGCACAAUCACAACAACCACGACAAAAAAUGGAACAUAUUGAUAGGUGCACCGAGCAGCACACGGCGGCAAAUGACACCCGAAAUGGCACUACUUGGAAGCAUUGUGAUGAUACUGGACUAUUUGGGAUGGCCUGUCGGCAUGAUCAAAUGAUCAGGAUGAUCAACAUCGUCAAGAGUGGUGAGAAAUCCUACUUCCCUCUAACCAUGAUUAACCACAUGGUACAGAUCACCCAAGAAAAUUUUGGAGAGCGCAAGAAGCUUGCAUUCCUAUAUGACAUAGGAUGCAACAUUGAGAAAGGAAUUAUUCGACGAAAUCAAUUUCCAUUCGAGAUGGCUCAUAAUCUGCUCAAGUUUGGCACAAGUGUCUUCCAUGCAUAUGUGCAUGAGUGGACCUGCCAGCUGCGAUACAAUCCACGAUUGAAUCACGGGUGGGGAAUGUCAGAUGGAGAGGGAAUGGAGCGUUUGUGGUCACAUUUGUCGCCAUUAAUCAGCCAACUUCGUUAUUCCACCAAGAGUCACCGACUCUCAGCAAUUGAUCUCCAAGAACAAUGGAAUCGGCAGCGGCAAAUGCAACUGGGGGCAAUGGAAAAUGAGACCGAAUUGCAGAUGAAACAUCAAGUAGAAGAGCUUGUGAUGUUGGAGGACCAACUACGAGCAACACAACAAGAGAUGGUUGAACUCGGACAAACAAGGCGCAGGAAUCGCACAGAAGCUCAGACGUUGCAGAUGGAACAAGGUCCUGAUAACCUCCGUGUUUUAGAAUCUGAGAUAGAAAAUAUCAUUCAUGAGCUGGGUUUGGAAUAUUUUCGCAAUCUCCCUGGAGAUUCUGGUCAAUCAUCCUAA